CACCGGCCGCCAUCUCCGUGACGGCACUCGCUUUGGUCCAUUUAUGUGUGCGCUCGGUGCGCUCGAGCAGAGGGCUCGCGGUAACCGCUUGAGAGAGGAGCACAGCAUCCAGAGCUUGUUGAAGGUAAAUUGACCUGCAGCGCACUCUUAACAUGGCAGCCUCUGAAGAUAUCCAGGUCAAGGAGCUCGACAAGCGGGCCUCUGGCCAGGCGUUUGAGGUCAUCUUGGCUGCUCCCGCCCCAGAUGCCAAGGGCGACUUCCCCCUGUCCGCCCCCAAGAAGAAGGAUGUGUCGCUGGAGGAAAUUCAGAGGAAGCUGGACGCUGCAGAGGAGAGACGCAAGAAUCAUGAAGCCGAGGUUCUGAAGCACUUAGCUGAGAAGCGUGAGCAUGAAAAGGAGGUGCUACAGAAAGCUAUGGAGGAGAACAACAACUUCAGUAAGAUGGCAGAGGAGAAGCUCAAUCAGAAGAUGGAGGCUAACAAAGAGAACCGCACAGCACUUAUGGCAGCGAUGAAUGAGAAAUUCAAGGAGAAGGACAAGAAGUUGGAAGAAGUGCGAAAGAACAAGGAAACCAAAGAGGGCACUGAAGACUGAGAGUUGCAAUUGGGGGAUUGUACAGGGUUUUUUACGUAUCCAAAGAUUGAUUUAUUUUUUGUUCGGCCAGUAUUUUUGUUGUGUUCACUACCCACCUUUUUGAAAUGAAUCCGAGUUCCACUUUGUGAAUUUUUCAACUCUCCUGCUAUAAGUGUACUUGCGCUGGUUAUAACAUGUGGAUCAUGUCCCCCACUUGUUGAGUCUGUUCCAUUUGAUAUGUAGCUUGUCAGUGCAGCUUCUGCCCUUUUUGAAAAUUAGCAGUGUGUACUUAUCCUUUUUGAGGACGCAUGUUUCUAUGCAUAGGUCUUUUAUCCCUGCCUAUUUCAUAGUGCAUUUUGAAAAAAUGUCCCUGUGAACCACACCUGUUCUCUGCACUUACUGUAUAUUAAAAAAAGAAAAAAAAAAGUAGCACAAGGUUUGAUCAAGGCGUCGGCUGUUAUACAUGGUGUUUAGUGCAGCUUUAGAUUCUGCUAGUUUGCUCCUGCAGAUCAUGUUUUUGUGCCACUGCUGAUUCUUCGCUUUUGUAAAAAUAUGAGGUUGUCUUCAAAGCACAUAACUUCUUGCUGUAUAGCUGUGAAUUAACAUGCCAGACGUGGAGGUGGAUGCCAUCUUGAACAUGAGUGAACAGGGGGUCUACACAUGGAGUGCAAACGAGCAAUACACUUUGGCAUCUCGAUAGAUACAGUGGCUAGUUGACUUGAACUGUUGUACUAAAACAAAUAAAAAAAAUGUAAACACAC